UUCCCGAGAAGCCAGUGUUUGGAGGAUAUAUUGGCACGGGUGUUGUUAGGCAAACCAUGCCAAUAUGUCCUUCAAUCACUGGCUUUGAGGGCAUUAUCACUUUUAUACAACGGGUUACCAACAUAUUUAAAUAAUGAUUAUGCAUAUUUUCAAUAAAAAGUUAUUUUGAGGAAUUUAUUCAUACUAUUUCAUCGUUCCACAAGAUAUAGUCCCGACACAAAUCUAGGUGUUGCUACCCAAGCCGGCUUGUCAUUCGUUCUAUCGGUUCGAUUCCCAGAGACGUGACCCAGUUGUUAAGUAUUUUUGUUCUGUAUCUAUGGACGCGACCCAGUCGUUCGUUCUAAAUGUUCUAUUGCCAUACUGGCUGCCAACGUUCUUGCUUGCUAGUUAACCAACUAUGGCUAACUUAUAGUCACAUCAAACAGUGCAGACAGAAUAACAACAAAGUAACUGAAUUUGCAUUUGUUUAAGCUGUUUUCUAGUGACAUUUAUUUGGAUACAUCCAUAACAAUGAGCUAAUGAGGCGCGAUUUCACCUGGCAUAGAAAAUGUGCUCUCUCGUCAGGACACUGUUGUUCAGAGGAACUAGUCAACAACACAGCUAACACAAUCACUUCAAAGUGAAGCUGGACAGACUGCAAACUAGCUGCACUUAAUUUCAUUUCACCUGGUUUCUAUUGACAUUUCUUUGUAUAUAUCCAUUAAAAUGUUGACUGGCUGAGAAAAGCUGCCUGCCUAUCUGUCUGUUCCCGACUCCCAACCCCUACACGUUCAUUACUAUGGGACAGCUGGAGAUCAAGUUUCUAAAUUAACAAUGUUACAAACGUCAGAGAGACAGACGGCGAGGUUUAUGCAAAUCUCAACUAUUGAAAACCAAUUGCUAGUUUAAAAGAAAUAGGAGAUAAUGUCUAGACUCUUUUUACAUUGGAGAUCAAGUUUAUAAAUUGCCUGGUUGGGCUGAUCAGACAGUGGAUUGUGCAGUGAGAUUGAACAGUGCAAAUAGGCAUUUCAACGUCAUAGCUUCAGAUGGUGGUAACUUGUGGAAUAGACAACGGCUAGAAUGCGGUUUUAACCCAUCAGCAUCCAGGAUUAGACCCACCCGUUGUAUAAUUCAUAACACUCUACAGCAGUGGUUCACAACCAGGGGUACUAGGACCCCCGGGGGUACUUGGCCUAUCUAGAGGGGGUAAUUAAAAACUCAUAAGUCCAUAGGGUUACAUGCACAUACGCCGGAUACUUCAGGCGUACUCCAGGCAGAGCAAAAUUCAGUUGGGAGUAGAGUAACCAAAAAAGGUUGGGAACCACUGCUCUACAGCAGCGUCAGCUUGACAAACAAAGGUGACAUGGAAUUUAGAGUAACAAUCAACCUCCCUUCCUCCUGCAUGUCCCCUUGUUCUGGUGGCAUUUCACAAAGAGCUCACAUCUUCAUUUCUCCCCACCCUCCUCCACCUUCCCUUGUGCCCACACGAGCAACCCAGUUUGCAACUCCCGCCCCCCGGCAGCCUGCCUUGCCCCCAUCCCUCUUGGCAGCUUAAUUCAUAUCCUCUGACUGCAUCUGCUCUCUGCAGCCAGGGAAUCAUCACUCCAGACCAGGGUCUGCAGGUCAGCCUCUCUCUAGUCUGCCACAAUGACAAACAACUCCAUGCAAAUCAGAGGACAAAGGGCAAUAGCUAACAUGAUGGCCACAUCUAUUCAUCAGCGGUGAAUGAGGAGAUAAGGUUGAAGAUAUAGCUCUGUCCACAUCAGUGCUUCUCUCCCACUAUCUACUUUAUUUGGCCAUACAUUUUUAUAUCCACCAUGUGAUGAUGCAAAAACUCUGAGAUAUUACAUCUGCUUAUCACAGAUAUGCAGUUGCAUUGUUACACAUACACUGACUGUACAAAAUAUUAAGAACAGAACAGUUGAGUGUGAAAAACCAAUCUGCGUUGCAGUUGUUGACACAAACCGGUGCACCUGGCACCUACUACCACAACCCGUUCAAAGGCACUUAAAUAUUUUUGUCUUGCCCAUUCACCCUCUGAAUGGCACACAUACACAAUCCAUGUCUCAAUUGUCUCAAGGCUUAAAAAUCCUUCUUUGUCCUGUCUCCUCCCCUUCAUCUACACUGAUUGAAGUGGAUUUAACAAGCGACAUCAACAAGGGAUCAUAGCUUUCACCUGGUCAGUCUAUGUCAUGGAAAGAGCAGGUGUUCUUAAUGUUUUGUACACUCAGUGUAUACCUGUAGUGGAAUCAAUUUCCACGCAGGAGGAGAAAAGUAAUUUAUGGUGAGCUCCAGUAGCAGUCUUGUCAAAUGAAUCCACUUGUAAAAAAAGAUUGCCAUUCAUGAAUGAUGUGAAGGUUGUAUCAUCUGUGAUCUACAUCUGUUUAUUUUAGUUACUAUGCUGUUACUAAGCAGUAAUGUAUUACGGCAGUGUUAUGUUACUGUGUUAAGAAGCAGUGCGGCUUGGUUGGGUUGUGUUUCAGAGGACGCAUGGCUCUCGAUCUUCGACUCUCCCGAGUCCGUAAGGGACUUGCAGCGAUUAGACAAGACUGUAACUACUACCAAAUUUGAUACCACGAAAAUUGGGGAGAAAAAAAGUGUAAAAUAAUAAUAAUAAAAAUUUAAAAAACACCUAAUAGGAAAUGCACAUGCGCACUAUUGUACCGGGGGCGGUAGAGCACGAGAGGUUUUGACUAAACAAAACAAACUGUACUCCCGUCUCCUGCCUGGUCAUUUCAACACAACACAAAUAUUACACUGGCGACGGGGUGAUUAAGCUUCUUAAACAGACAUUGCUUGAAGGGAAGAAUGUUGCGAAUGGUUGGACAUGAAGCUACGCUGGAACACUGAUGACUACCUGGGCAUCACUACCAUCAGGGUCCCAUCGGACUCCAUCUGGAUCCCAGACAUUGUGCUCUAUGACAAUGCCGAUGGACGUUUUGAGGGCUCUGUCACCAAGGCUGUUGUCAAGUAUGAUGGCACCAUCACCUGGACACAGCCCGCUAACUACAAGUCAGCCUGCAUCAUCGAUGUCACCUUCUUCCCCUUUGACCUGCAGAACUGCUCCAUGAAGUUUGGCUCCUGGACCUAUGAUGGCUCACAGGUUGAUAUCCUCCUGGAGGACUUCCAUGUGGAUAAGAGGGACUACUUUGACAGUGGUGAAUGGGAUAUAGUGAAAGCAACAGGCAGCCGUGGUCUGAGGAUGGACGGAUCCUGCCACUUCCCCUUCAUCACCUAUUCCUUCAUUAUCCGUAGACUGCCGCUCUUCUACACCCUCUUCCUUAUUAUCCCCUGUAUUGGCCUUUCCUUCCUCACCAUCCUGGUCUUCUACCUGCCCUCCAACGGCGGGGAGAAGAUCUCCCUGUGCACCUCUGUGCUGGUGUCCCUCACCGUCUUCCUUCUCGUGAUCGAGGAGAUCAUUCCUUCCUCCUCCAAGGUCAUCCCUCUGAUCGGGGAGUACCUGGUGUUCACCAUGAUCUUUGUCACGCUCUCCAUCGUCAUCACCGUCUUCGCCAUCAACAUCCACCACCGCUCCUCGCCCAUGCACCAAGGCAUGGCGCCCUGGGUGCGUCGUAUCUUCCUGCACAGGCUGCCUAAGCUGCUGUGUAUGCGCAGCAACGUGGACCGCUAUGCUACCCCCGGUGGGGCCAGGGCAGGACUGUCAGGGAGAGAGCGUGCAGGACUGGCAGGGAGAGAGGGGGCAGGACUGGCAGGGAGAGAGGGGGCAGGACUGGCAGGGAGAGAGGGGGCAGUAGGGGGCAUUAUGAAGUCCACCCCUCAUCUCUCCUCCACGAAUGACCUGCAGGCUGCUUUGGACUCUAUCCGUUACAUCACCAUGCAUGUGGUCAAGGAGAACGAGGUCAGAGAGGUGGUGCAGGAUUGGAAGUUUGUGGCUCAGGUUCUGGAUCGUGUGUUCCUGUGGACCUUCCUCCUGGUCUCAGUACUGGGCUCUGCUCUGCUCUUUAUCCCUGUCAUCUACAAAUGGGCAAAGAUCAUUGUCCCCAACCAUGCAGGCGGCAGCGGAUAAGACUAAACUGAGUCUAAGUGCACUGAGCACAACAAAUUCAGAGACACUACCGUCAGUGCAGAGGCAGAGACACUUACUCACAUGUGGGUGUGGGAGACCAGUUAUAAUGGCAAUGGAUUCUAGUUCCAUCAUGAUUUUUGAUUUGUGUAUAUGAAUGAUGGAUUAUUGUCUCUAUGUUUCUGUAUCUGUUUAUAGAUUAAAUUAACAUACAAUUGUUUUA